GUACAUCGGUUCCCUUGAGGAUCUCAAAAGGAAGUUUGGCACCAGUUACCGCCUAGAACUCAAGAUGACAGACGCAGGGCAGGGCGAUGCUCUGCACACCGAAAUCCUGAACCUCUUCCCCCAGGCAGCUCGGCAGGAAAGGACUUCUUCCAUGCUCACCUACAAGAUUCCAGUGGCAGAUGCACUACCUCUGUCCAGGUCUUUCUCCCAGCUAGAAGCAGCCAAACGGAAUUUCAAGCUUGAGGAGUACAGCUUGUCACUGAACACUUUGCACCAGGUGUUUGUAGACCUCACCAGGGAUGCAGAGGAGCACGACCUGGAGGUGGCCUCCAACGGGGCUGUGGAGCAGAGACCCCUUCAGCCCUGAUUGCUGGAGCCACAGUGGGGAAUAUUCCAUGCAUUUCAGCAGUGUUACUGCAUUUCAUCAGUGAAAUCACUGGUGGCUGUGGUCAGCUGCAGCCCCAGCACUCGCUGACCCCCGUCACAGCACACACAGCCCUGCAGGUGUUCUGCCUCACAGAGAA